AUGAUGGGCCUGAGGUUGUGCAGCUGGACUCCCCUGGGGUCUCUCCUCUCCCUGCUUUUUUCUACCAGCAUGGCGUACUUUGCUACCAGAGAAAACUGCUGCAUACUGGAUGACAGAUUUGGUAGCUUCUGCCCAACAACUUGUGGCAUUGCAGAUUUCCUUAAUAAAUACCAUCCCGCUGUGGAUAAUGACCUGCAGGAAAUUGAGAGAAUUUUGCAACGGAUUUCUAAUGCUACAGUAACAGCAGACCAUCUUAUUCAACACAUCCAAGGCCUCUAUCCUUCAGACAAGCAGACAUUACCAAAUUCAAUUGAUGAUUUCACUCAAAAGUCCAGGAAAAUAAUUGAAGAAAUUAUCAGAUAUGAAAACACUAUAUUGUCUCAUGAAACUACUAUACAACAGUUGACAGAUACACAUAUAAUGAAUGGCAACAGGAUCACAGAGCUGAAAGAGAAGAUUGCCCAGCUUGAGUUACUCUGCCAGGAGCCAUGCAAAGACAGGGCUGAAAUUCAGGAGACAACUGGAAGAGAUUGUCAAGACAUUGCAAAUAAAGGUGCAAGGAAAAGUGGUCUGUACUUUAUCAAGCCUCAAAGAGCCAAGCAGUCAUUCCUAGUCUACUGUGAGAUUGACUCGUAUGGCAACGGCUGGACAGUACUACAAAGGAGACUGGAUGGAAGUGAAGACUUCAGUAAAAAUUGGGUUCAGUACAAGGAAGGAUUUGGACAUCUGUCUCCAGAUGACACCACUGAGUUCUGGCUGGGCAAUGAAAAGAUGCAUUUAAUAACUACACAAUCAACUCUGCCAUACACCUUACGAAUAGAGCUGGAGGACUGGAGCGGCAAAAAAAGCACUGCUGACUAUGCUGUAUUCAGAGUGGGAAGUGAAGAAGACAAGUAUCGACUGACUUACGCCUACUUCAUUGGGGGUGAAGCCGGGGAUGCCUUUGAUGGAUACGAUUUUGGAGAUGACCCAAGUGAUAAAUCCUACACCUACCACAAUGGCAUGCGGUUCAGUACCCAUGACAAUGACAAUGAUAACUAUGAAGGCAACUGUGCUGAGCAAGAUGGAUCUGGGUGGUGGAUGAAUAGAUGCCAUGCUGGCCACCUCAAUGGCAAAUAUUAUAUAGGUGGCGUGUACACAUCAGAAGAUGCUGGUCCAUCUGGAUUUGACAAUGGCAUUAUCUGGGCAACCUGGCGUGACCGGUGGUACUCCAUGAAGAAAUCUGCAAUGAAAAUCAUCCCAUUCAACAGACUCUCAGUAGAUGGACAGCAGCACAACUUAGGCAAUGUCAAACAGGUUCGACCAAAGGGCUGAGGAGAUACUUAAAAUGAACACAGAAUAUUGUAAGAAUUUCAAACACUGAGCAUGGACAGCUGAAGUUAACUCCACUGCAUAUUAGAGAAGUUGGCUUUGUUUACCAUUUUGUCACAGAAGUAUUAGUACUUUGAUUUUAGUGCGCAUGCUACAUUACAGUUUCUUUUAAUGGAUAGAUAGUUGGAUAGUCUUUAAUAGUCCCUUGCCUUUGUGUAUUUUAAAUGCUGCAUUUUUAAUUCCAAACUAAUAUAACUACAUGUGAACACUAUCAACAUGUCAUCAUAGUUUCAUGUACUUCUUUCAUUAGAAGAACAUUAAUAUAAGCUUUUUUUUUUUUUUUUUUUUUCUGUUUUAGGUUGGAGAUGCAUAAAGGAAGACCAGUCUGAACAGGAAAAGCAAAUGUUUUCUGUCUUAGACACUGAACUUAGGAAACAUUACACAGUUCAGUUUUGACUAUAAAACAGCAUUGACUGUAAGAUACCCAAACCUCUUCCCUGAGCAGUGCUUACCUCUGUAGAUGGUUAUUUUUUCUGUAUACAUUCUCAAUACAUUUUUGAUUAUUACAAAAUACGUCUGAGCUUGUUAUCUGUGGUCCACAGCUGGCCA